GUGAGCGGAGCUGAAUGGAGGCAGCCUCUUCCUGGUGGAUAAACAGUGACAGCUACAGGGCAGCCACCUAGACCCACCACACAGGCUCUGGCGCUGCCCUGGCAAACAACACCAAAAUGGCUUCAGACAGUACACACAUCGCGCAGUUGACUUCUGAACUGUACUUCCUAAUAGCCCGAUUUCUAGAAGCUGGACCGUGUCAAAAAGCAGCCGAGACCCUGAUAAGGGAGGUGGAGGAGAAGGAGCUGCUACCCAUAAGGCUGGACUGGACAGGGCAGGAACACCCCGGGACGUACGAAAAUUUGGUGAAGCAAUACCGCCACAUCAGUCCAGACCACCUGCUGCAGGUCUGCUCCAGAGUUUGUCCGCUGCUGGAGAGGGAGGUCCCUGCCAGCGUGCCCGGACUCACCAGCCUGCUGGGGGCUGGAAGGCAGAAUCUCCUCCGCACCAGCAAGAACUGCAAGCAUGUUGUGUGGAAGGGCUCAGCGCUGGCUGCGCUGCACUGUGGACGACCACCGGAGCCGCCUAUUAUCUAUGGGAGCCCACCUAACAUUGUCGAGACAUGCUUCAGCCGUCGACUGAACGGCUCCUAUCGUCUCCGGCAGCUGGUGCCCACAGCCGUGUACCUGCACAUGAAGAUGCACAAGAGGAUCCUGGGACACCUGUCGUCUGUGUACUGCCUCACCUUCGACAGGACGGGACGACGCAUCUUCACGGGCUCAGACGACUGCCUCGUGAAGAUCUGGGGAACAGAUGACGGGCGUCUGCUGGCGACGCUGCGUGGCCAUGCCGCUGAGAUUUCCGACAUGGCCGUCAGCUACGAGAACACAAUGAUCGCAGCAGGGUCCUGUGACAAGACCAUCAGGGUGUGGUGCUUACAGACCUGCGCCCCUUUGGCCGUCCUGGAGGGUCAUGCAGCGUCUAUCACAUCACUGCAGUUUUCGCCUCUCUGUUGCGGCUCAAAGCGCUACCUGUCCUCCACCGGAGCUGACGGCACCAUCUGCUUCUGGCAGUGGGACGCACGCACGCUCAAGUUUGGGCAGAGGCCCAGUAAAUUCACGGAGCGUUCCAGACCUGGUGUCCAGAUGAUCUGCUCCUCCUUCAGCGCAGGUGGUAUGUUCCUGGCCACAGGAAGUACAGAUCACAUCAUCAGGGUGUACUAUUUCGGCUCAGGCCAACCAGAGAAGAUCUCUGAGCUUGAGUCUCACACAGACAAAGUCGACAGCAUCCAGUUUUCACAUUGCAGUGACAGGUUUGUAAGCGGCAGCAGGGACGGUACAGCACGAAUCUGGCAGCUGCAGCCUCAGGGCUGGAGGAGCAUUCUGCUGGACAUGCAGACCAAAUUACCCGGGAAGUACAACCCUCCCCCGCUGGAGGACAAGGUAACCAAGCUGAAGGUUACUAUGGUAGCAUGGGAUCGCCACGACGGUACGGUGAUCACAGCGGCCAACAAUCUGACGCUGAAGGUGUGGAACUCCAUCACCGGCAACCUCGUCCACAUCCUGAUGGGUCACGAGGACGAGGUGUUUGUCCUGGAGCCGCAUCCCUUUGAUCCAAGGAUCCUCUUCUCAGCAGGGCAUGAUGGGAAUUGCAUUGUGUGGGACCUGGCCAGAGGAGUCAAGAUCCGCUCCUAUUUUAACAUGAUCGAGGGCCAAGGGCACGGAGCCCUGUUCGACUGCAAAUGUAGUCCAGAUGGGCAGCAUUUUGCAGCCACUGACUCCCAUGGACAUCUGCUCAUAUUUGGCUUUGGCUCCAGCAGCAAGUAUGACAAGAUAGCGGACCAGAUGUUCUUCCACACCGACUACCGGCCGCUGAUCCGAGAUGCCAACAAUUACGUCCUGGACGAGCAGACUCAGCAGGCGCCACACCUGAUGCCCCCUCCCUUCCUGGUGGACGUGGACGGGAACCCCCACGCCCCCAGAUACCAGCGGCUGGUGCCCGGCAGGGAGGGCUGCAGAGACGAGCAGCUCAUCCCACAGAUGGGCGUCACUUCCUCAGGCCUGAAUCAAGUGGUGAGUGAGCAGGCGGUGGACGGUCCCAGUCCUUUAGACACGAUGAUUCAGAGGCUGCAGCAGGAACAGGACCAAAGACUGGGAACGAAUGACACUUCUGCCUCAGCAAACACCAGGUCCAGCAGAGGAUCGGUGGGUUCGCCCACAGAGGUGCACUCUCCGCCCAACGUUGGUCUGCGUCGCAGCGGGCAGAUUGAGGGUGUCCGCCAGAUGCACAGCAACGCCCCGCGCAGCCAGAUGGCCACAGAAGGAGACCUAGUGGCCUGGAGCCGCAGGGUGCUGGUCCCCGAGCUGGAGGACGCCUCUGUCAGGAGACAGGUAAACUGGCGUGAGGCUAAAGGGGAGGAGGAGAUAAAUAUUUAUCAGUCAGAAAGGAGGAGACGCACCAUCCACUCGCUCCCCAAGGAGAGCAGGGUUCAUCCAACAUCAGAGUCGGUUGAUGAGGGGAGGAGGAGCCAAGGUAACCACGGCUACCACACACGUGCGGCUAUGGAGGAGACGAGCCGCCAGAGCGCCGAGGCUGCUGAUGAUGAUGAAAGCACCUCAGAGGCAGAGGUGGAGGUACGGCAAAUCAACGGGCAUUCCUCAGAGGACGAAAAGGAAGAAGAGCAAAAGGAGCCCUGGCCAGAUGACCACAGUAGCUCAAGCGACUACUCCAGCGAUUACUCUGACUGGACGGCAGACGCAGGGAUCAACCUCGAGCCGCCCAAGAAGAGUGUGAAAGUGAAAAAGAAGAGCAGCGGCUCUGAGGAGGACGGAGAGAAGAAGAGGGACGGCAAGAAGGAAAGGAAGAAAGACAAAGCGGACAAAGACGGCACGUUACCAAAGAAGAAGCAGCCAAAGGAGAAAAGGAAGAGGACAGACCUUCAGGAGCAAGGCCUAACUCUGGAGGAGUGGCUUCCCUCGGCCUGGAUCACAGACACGGUCCCCCGGAGAUGUCCUUACAUACCCCAGAUGGGAGACGAGGUAUACUACUUCAGACAGGGCCACGAAGCCUAUGUGGAGAUGGCCAAACAAAAAAAGAUUUACAGCAUCAAUCCUAAGAAGCAGCCCUGGCACAAGAUGGAGCUACGGGAGCAGGAACUGAUGAAGAUAGUCGGCAUCAAGUACGAGGUCGGCUUGCCCACACUGUGCUGUCUGAAACUUUCCUUCCUGGACCCCGACACCGGAAAACUGACCGGAGGAUCCUUCUCUAUGAAAUACCACGACAUGCCUGAUGUAAUCGACUUCCUGGUUCUGAGGCAACAGUUUGACAACGCCAGAAAGAGGCAGUGGACUAUAGGUGACAGGUUUCGGUCAGUGAUUGACGACGCCUGGUGGUUUGGGACCAUUGAGAGCCAGGAGCCGUACCAGCCUCAGUAUCCUGACAGCCUGUUUCAGUGCUACAACGUCUGCUGGGAUAAUGGAGACACAGAGAAGAUGAGUCCUUGGGACAUGGAGCCCAUCCCUGACGACGCCACGUUCCCUGAAGAGUUGGGCAUGAGCGUCCCGCUUAUAGAAGAAGAGCAGAAGGAGCUGCUGUACGUCCCACUGGACGGGGAAUGGGGCUGCCGCACACGCGCAGAGGAGUGUGAACGCAUCAUCAAAGCCAUCGACCAGCUCUGCACACUCGAUGUGGCAGCGCCGUUUGCCUUUCCAGUGGAUCUACAAGCCUACCCCACAUACUGCACAGUGGUGGCCUACGUCACUGACCUCAGCACCAUUCGGCAGAGGCUGGUGAACCGCUUCUACAGACGCCUGUCCUCUCUGAUGUGGGAGGUUCGUUAUAUCGAACACAACGCCCAAACAUUCAAUGAGCCCGGAUCAUUCAUCGUCACUACGGCCAAGUUUGUCUCUGACCUCAUGCUGCAAUUCAUCAAGGACCAAAAUCUGACAGACCUCAUGCCCCUCUAUAAAACUAUGAAGAAGGCUACCUUCUCUGACUCUGAAGAUGAGGACGAUGAGGAGGAGGAUGAAGAUACUAACACUCCCGGAACGUCCACAAGAAACCAUAAGGGUCGUCGACCCACACAGCGGCAACUGCGAACCCGCCCCCCUUCCUACGACCCUCAUGCGUGGAGAGGACGCUGUAAGGAGCUGCUAGAUCUCAUCUUUCAGUGUGAAGACUCGGAGCCUUUCAGAGAACCUGUGGACCUGCAGGAGUACCCGGACUACCUGCAAAUAGUUGACUCACCGAUGGACUUUGGCACCGUCCUCAACACCCUCAAAGAAGGAAAGUACCAAUCUCCCAUCGAGCUCUGCAAAGAUGUCCGGCUCAUUUUCAGCAAUUCCAAAGCUUACACGCCCAGUAAGAAGUCUCGGAUCUACAGCAUGAGUCUGAGGCUCUCUGCACUGUUUGAGGAGCACGUCAGCUCCAUCCUGGCUGACUACAAGGCCAUCCACGGCCUGACGGAUAAACUGACCCGACAGGGCACGGACAGACAGACACGACACGCUACAGACAGGCAGACACGGCACGCCAUGAAGAGGAGGAGGAGGAGGAGCGAAUCUCCAACAAGCAGCACUGCGUCCAGUCCAGAGAGGAAGAGACGUGUGUCGUCGAGGGUGACAGGAAAAAAGGAGCCAUCACCACCUCCUGCACGACCCUCCUCUCUGAGACAGAGCACCCCCCUCAAACAGCCCCCUCAGCUGGUCAACGGGAAGGCAGAGAUGCCGGCUGCAGGGCGGACACGAAGUGGGGCACGCCAUUCUACACACUCUCCACCCUCCUCAUCCUCCUCACAUAACGCUGUGAGCAACACACAGAGCACAACAGAGUCUACCCGCUCACUGAGGGCUCAUAACUCUGUGUCAGCUCCACCGCCACCAGCUCCUGAAAAGGUGACAUCCUCUCCAGCCGCGGAAAGUAGCAGUGGAGGAAGCACCCGGAGGAAACUCAGGACUCCUGUACGACACACACCUGGCUCUCCUGCCAGCCCAUCAUCUCAGAGCACAGCCCACCUGAACGGCCACAGCAGUCAUGUGACCCUGGGAGUGGGGAGGAGGGGGCGGAAAUCCAAAGUAGAGCCGCCAGCCAGCCCUCCAGAAGUCACGACUCCAGGGAGCCCCUCCAGACCACGAGGCCGCCCUCCUGGCAAGAAGAGAGGCAGGAAGAGCAAGCAGGAGCUGGAGGAGAUGAGACGGAACAGCACCCGCAGGAGCUCCACCCCCGACGACGAGCUCGACCAAUCAACAGGGGACGAAGGUGGGACAUCUUCGGCGCAGGAGACGUCUGUGCUGUCGGACUCAGGCGCGGCGUCGACGCCGAGACGGCGUGGCCGGCCUCGAGCAGUAAGAACUGACGAAGCCACUCCUCCUCCUGCUGAGUCACCUGAGCCCUCGCCACUGAGAAGGAGCAGCAGGAGAGCCAACGAGGAGGUCACGCCUCCUAGCCAGGCUGCUCCUCAGCAGAGGAGCAGAUCCAAUCGAAAUGAGUCUCCAAAGGAGGAGGCAGGAGGGGAGGCAGGAGGGUCGAUGCGCACACGCAACCAGGGGCGACGGUCCGCCUGGUACAUGGAGGAGGACUCUGAGGAGGAGCAGAGGCAGCUGCUGUUUGAGGACUCGUCAAUCACCUUUGGCACCUCCUCGAAGGGACGCGUCCGCAAGCUGACAGAAAAGGCCAAAGCCAACCUGAUAGGCUGGUAACGGAGGUCAGACACACAGGAUGUGAGGAGGAGACUGACAGAGGAGGAAAUCGGCUUGAGAUUUCUUCACAUCGGAGGAAGUUGAGGAAGACAUGCUUGGUGUCGUACACAUCUGUGCGUGUAUGUCCGGGAGCUGCUCGUCCAGCUGCUGCUGUUCAAAGCUGUGGCGAUGGAGAAACAGUUAGCGCAGUUAUCUGUCCGCUCCUCCUUCCUCUCGGCCCAGUAAGCACAUCACUACGCCAGAUAACGCAUGUUCAUACGACUCCUCCGACAUUAUUGGUCCAUGUUGGAUCCCACGGGAGCUCACUGACUCGCUCCUGUCCAGCGAACCACUCUUCACCUCCGUCUGCCCUCAGACACUGUCAGGGUGACAGAGCGGGCGAAACCGUAGUCAAACAGUUUUAGUACUUGAAAAACAAAGUCAGGAGGAGAGCUGGAUGUAUCAUAUCUCACUCCUGACAUUUUUGAGGACUUUUCAAGUGUCUCUGGCGGGUAGGUCAAAGACGCCCACUGAGCUGAAAUUGUUAGGUCCGUGACGGAUUACAGACCGCUGGCCUGACAACGCCCCCUCCUUCAUUGCUCCUGCUCUUUUUUUAUACACCCCCCCUUCUCUGCUUUUUCUAAGAUUUGUACGUGAUGAUCGGCUCUGUUUUGGAAGUCUUACAUUGGCUGACCUGAGCGUGUCCGUCUGCGCUAACAUACCAAAUGGCGUACCUCUGUUGGUACUGUAGAUUUGUAGGUUUUGUUUACUGUUGACGUGCGAGGGUGUGAGUUCUCUCUUUUUUUUUUUCCUCGCAUGUUUAUUAGAAACAAAAAGCAUCUCUUUGUUUUUCUAGAAGCUGUUUUUACUGUGAGGAGGAGCGAACUGAUGCAUGGGUGAAAGGGGUCAUUUAUAUGUCUCGAUAGAUGUUUCAAUGCGUCCUCAACAUUAGCAAUACCUUGUGCCUUUAUGUCUUCAGUGUGUGUGUGCGUGUGUGUGCGAGUGCAUGUGUGUUUAAGGCCUCUGCCCUGCAAAGUACAUGUGCCUGUGUGUGACUGUGCGAGUUUGCGUGAACUGAAGGAGCGUGUGUUGUUUUUAUAACACAGAGUUGAGUGCGUCGUUCACUUUCAGCGUACAAACAGUGGCAUACAGUUCGAUCGUUGUGAAAAACCUCUCAAAGAAAUGUAUUUAUGGCAGUUUGAAAAAAGAAAAAAGACUUUACUGUUGUUGUAAAACCAUUAUUCAUGUCAAUAUAUUAUCCUAUAACCAACCUAUCGUCAGUUUAUACCGAAGGUACAGCAGCCAGUGGAGCUUUGGGUGACUAGCUUUGAGAUGCACUUACCACAGACUGGUUAUCAAUGCAGUCGUAGGGAGUAACCCUGUGUAUUUUAAAAAUUUAACAUAUAAAAAGGAACUUUUUAAGUGUUGAUAUGUUUCUAUGGUGACCCCACACACACACACACACACACACACACACACACACACACACACACACACACACACA